AUGGACAAGUUAAAUUUUGUAAUUGAGUACUUGAGCGAUAUAACUUCUGGUUUACGAAUGAAUCGAGAAGAUGUAACUGCUUUUGCUAAUGAUAUGAGUCGAUGUCUUGUGAGCAUUGUGAAUAGAAGAGAGGUGAUCGAGUAUCUGGCUAGAGAAGCACAGUUUCGUGUGGAUGUGCAUUACGAUUUCUACUUGCUCGCGGGUCGUAUUCUCGCCAAGUACCAAUUGGAGCAGAUCCCAUCCAAAUUCUCUGAGCAUGUUAGACUGUUGUACGAGAAUUAUCGAGUGGUUGCCAAUGAUCUUAACGAGCAUAUUCCAUUGAUUGAGAAGAAGUACCAUGACCUGGUGAUAAAUAAUCAUGACUUUUUUGACUCGUUAGUGAAUUUGAAAUUAGAAUACGAUCAUGGUUACAUGGAAUAUAGUCGUAACAAGGAGAAGUUUUUCAAGAGUGUUGGAGAAAGGGAGGUUGACUGUGUUCAGUACGAGCUUCUGAGAAUUGCUCUCCAGCUGUACUCUGAUGAUUUUCAGAUGCUCGAGAGAUGUUACCAAAAGAUGAUCUCAAACAAGAUAAGCAUGGCCACUCCUACACGUGCUAAUGCAUGCAUGCGCAAGAAUCCAUUAGCUAGCUGUUUCCUCACACGGAUAAAGGAUGAUUCAAUUGAGGGAAUCUUUCAGACCCUAAAAGACAUGGCAAUGAUCUCCAAAAAUGCCGGUGGAAUUGGUCUUGAUAUCACAGAUGUGAGAGCGCGAGGUGAUUACAUCAAAGGCUCAGAUGGUACUUCUUCUGGUCUGGGCAUGAUGCUAAGAGUAUAUAACGAGAUGACCAGGUACGUCGACCAGGGUGGUAACAAACGCAAAGGUGCCAUGAUGGUCAACUUAGCGAUCUGGCAUCUUGAUAUCGAGAGUUUCUUGCUCAUGCGCCAUGAAUCUCAAGUUGCGGAGAUGCGAACUUCGGAUCUCCACCAAUGUAUCACAAUCCCUAAUAUCUUCAUGAAACGUCUUAUAAACAAUGAUGAUUGGACCAUCUUCUCUCCACGUGAUGCAGAAAUCUUGCUUGGUAGAAAAUUGAAUGGUUUGUAUGGUAAAGAUUUUAAUCAAGCAUACGAGAAGUGUGAGAGCCUGUUAAAAAAUAAAAAAAAUAUCAAGGCCCGAAAACUAUUCUUUGAUAUUAUCAAGAUGCAAUGUGAGACCGGUGAACCGUUCUUGUUCUUUGUUGAUAAUGCGAAUGAGAAAUCAAACCAAAAGAACCUAGGAUCGAUCACUACCCCAAAUCUAUGCACCGAGAUCAUGGAACGUACUGAUGGAAUCUCUGUAUGUAAUCUGCGUGCCGUGAUAUUACCAGAACAUGUGAGAGAAGAUGGAACAUUUGACUAUGCAGAACUACGUGAUUCGGUUCGACUUCUGGUAAAUUCAUGUGAUCGAUCAAUCGAUAUGUCUCACCACCCAACUCCAGAAUGUGAAUUGCAGAACAGAAAAGACCGUCCGGUAGCGAUUGGGGUUAUCGGUCUGGCCUCGCUCUUCAAGAAGUUAAAAUAUUCAUGGGAGGAUGUAAAAGCACGUGAAUUAAACAAGAAGAUCUUUGCAAAUAUCUACUAUGCGGCUCUAGAGGAAUCAUGUGAAUUGGCAAGAAUUUAUGGCACCUAUGAAGGAUACAAAGGCUCGCCCAUAUCACAAGGCAUCUUGCAAUAUGACAUGUGGAAUGUUGAACCAUGUGUUGAUCUUGAUUGGAAAUCUUUGAAACAAAAGAUCCAACGAUAUGGUGUUCGUAAUUCAUUAUUGGUCGGACCGAUGCCAACCGCCUCAACAUCUCAAUGUGUUAAAACCGGGUAUAGCGAAGGACCCUUUCCCGAUGAAUCGAAUUUAACAUUGCGUGCGACCACAAAAGGUAGUUUUAUCUAUGUGGAACGAGAGAUGGCUGAGAUGUUAUUGGAGCGUGGUAUGUGGAACAAAAAUCUGUUGAAAGAGAUUCAAGCCAAUAAUGGAAGCGUUCAGAGCAUUGCUGGAUUCCCAGAAGAGAUUAAACAAAUCUACAAGACCGCUUUUGAGUACUCUUAUGAUACUAUCAUAGAUCAUGCGGUUGAUCGUGGUCCUUACAUUGACCACUCUCAAAGCAUGAACAACUACGUGUUAUCACAAGACCCAGAAAAGAUGAUCAUGCAACUGUUCGAUUCUCAUCUUAGAUCCUGGCGACGAGGAUUGAAAACGGUUUACUACACAAGAUCCAUAUCUACUUCACGUGCAUUAAAUCUAAAGAUUGGUAAUGGUAACAAGUCAAAUAAUGAUGAGAAAUCAAUUGUCCUUUGUACAAACAAAGUUUGUGAAUCAUGUGCUGUUUAA